CGAAUCGAUCCCCAUCCUCAAAGCGUCGCGCCUCAUUGUUACCUCCUAACAGCGCCAACAUGGCUUCGCUCCAGGGCUCUGGGAUACCCAGAGUGAAGCUGGAAUCAGUUCCAGAUAUGAAUGUAAAAUCAGAACCCAUGGAGGACACGCCUUCGCCUUACGUCGACGAGGACGAGGAAAUGUACGAUGAAGACACCGGCGAUCUGGACUUUUCACAGGCGCCGCAACAACUGUGGACUAGUCACAUACCCAAGACGUUAUGGGAGGCACUUUCAAAAUUGCAGGACGAAGAUGAGAUAGAGAUAGGUACGAUACGGGUGGAAGGGCCUGAAACAAACCCCUCAAGAGUCAGUAUGCUGCUGAAUCCACUACCUCAACUCGCAAAUGAGCCUAAAGAAUACAACUUAAAUCUGCCACCUCCGGAGAAAGUUCGAGUUCGACGACCUGGCCAAGCAUUUGUUUUCUCAGAGAAAGACCUUCCAGGCUACAAACCACGAGCAUUCGCGUGGGACGAGAUUGACGAAGAAGGAAACCCGGGACAGGGAAGAUCUUAUUUAUAUGAAAGGCACAAGCGCGAACUGAAGAAGAAGGAGAACAAAGGUCGAUUCGUACCAUACUCACGAAGACCGAUACCAAAGCAGACUUCUGUCACAGGAACUGUGGCCAGAGAGUUCGAGGCGGUCCCGGUAAAGAACGACGAAUAUUUCGUAAUUGAGAACAAGAAGGCGGAACAGAUGCUGAGGCCACCUGAUCGAGAUACCGCCGUUUUUGAUCCAAGGAAAGAUCCGUCGAAACACCACAUACCACUCAUGACGAUGACUGACAGAGCGAAUGCCCUGAAGAAUGCGCAGGCUAGGAAACAAGCACAGAAGGACAAUCGGGCCGCUCGUGUCGACAAGCACGUGCUUAUUGAUAAACUCCUCGAUUUGUUCAAACAGCAUCGUAUUUGGGGUCUACGGGAUCUCAAAGCGAAGGUCAAUCAACCGGAAACUUACCUGAGGCAAACCCUGGACGAAAUUGCUUUCAUGUGGAAAGCAGGCGACUUCAACGGUAAAUGGGAACUCAAGGACGAAUACAAAAGCUCCGAUCCGAGAUUACAAAACCCAACGGGAGUGGUGGCUCCGAAAGCCGAGGAUUCUGACAUGGAUAAAUCCGGUCUGGACGAUGACGAUAGCGACGUCUUUGAAGAUGUCAAGGACGUUGGAGAUUUCUAGGGAACUUCUUCACAGAGUGAGUAUAGGUCGGGCCCGCCGUUAUACUGGGAUCGGCUGUAGGGUGGGGUCUUGGAAAAGGCGAAAAAGCAUAGAUAUGAACCAAAACCCUGACUACGAUACGCAAGAGGUUUGGGCAAGGGAUAGAGGGAUACCCUGGAGGCCACAUUGCUUCUCGAAGGAGAUACAGGUCGGACUUGUGCAUCUCUUGCAAGGCGAAUAUGGCGUUUCGAAGUGACAUACUGGUUUUUGUCUCCAGGGAGGCUUGAUGGGUAUGAGAGACGUUACUUUGCAUUGCUUUGGAGAACGCUGUCUAUCUAUGGAACUGGCAGCAUUUGGUAGAGUAAUUGGUAUUCGUAGGAUCAAAGAUCAGUACACGAUACCGGCCUAAC